AUGGCGAUUUCAGACGCUGACGGCACGCCGUCCAGCGGAACGGCGGGGCAGGAUGCCUCGCUGGCUGCUGUCACGGAAUCAAACGGCCGGCUGGCAAAAUCAGGUCCUGCGAAAGGCCAGCGAAAGCCACCACACCGUCGCGAAAGGUACUUCGGUGACGGUAGUAAGGUCGAGGAAGCGAAGAAAGAGUCGAAAGGGAAGGCCGGAACUGCCGCGCAAGGUUCCGGGCUUACAGCGGCGGAGGGUUUAGGGGACGCAGCGGAGGGUUUCGGGGACGCGGCGCAGGGUUUAGGGUUGGCGGGGAGAGAGGCUGGAGGUGGGGAGGCGGAAACGGAUUGGAGCGCAUGGGGGAAGGAAACCGCGGAUGACGGGAGGAGGGGGAAGGGCGAGGAGCGGAGGGAGGAAGGGGAGGUUGAUGAUGAUGACGAGGGGGAGGAUGGCGUGGACGCGGAGACGCGCGGCAGGAUGAGCAAGUACAGCCGCGGCAAGGCGCUAAAAACCGAGAAAUUUCCGGGCAGAUUGAAAGCAAAGAUGGAGCAUCGGGAGAAGGUGAUUGGCCAAGGAGUCUUGACGGCUGCCCAGGCAGAGAAGUGGCUGCUGCCGUCAGAAGCAGGGUACGUGGAGGCGGAGGGAGUGGAGCGCACGAGCAACCUGUCUCAAGCCGACAUCGUGCAGCACGUGGGCGCUGGUAGCAGACGAGCUGCCUUCGACCUCAAGCUGCCAGAGCUGGGCCCGUACAAGGCGGCCUACUCGCUCAACGGGCGCAGCCUGCUGCUGGGGGGGCGCAAGGGGCACCUAGCUGUGGUGGACUGGCGCCGCUGCCACGUCACCUCCGAGAUCCAGGUACGAGAGACGGUGCACGAUGUGUGCUUCCUCCACAACGAGCAAUUCUUUGCCGCCGCGCAGAAGAGGUACACAUUCAUUUAUGACAAGAGGGGCAUCGAGCUGCACUGCCUCAAGAACAUCACGGGCAGCGGCGCAUUGCGCCUGCAGUACCUGCCGCACCACAUGCUGCUGGCGUCCAUCUCCAAGGGCGGCGUGCUGGACUAUGUGGACACCACCACGGGCCGCCACGUGGCGCAGUGCAAGACGCGCAAGGGGCGCUGCGACGCCAUCACAGCCGACAGCCGCACGGGCGUGAUCUCCCUGGGCCACAGCAACGGCACCGUCUCCCUCUGGAGCCCCUCCAUGGGGACUCCCCUCGCCACACUGCUAGCCCACCACGCGCCGCUCACAGCCAUCGCUAGUGAUGCGUCGUCCGGGAGGUACCUGGUGACGGCGGGCAUGGAGGGGCGCGUGCGCGUGUGGGACGUGCGCACGCUGCGCGAGCUGCACUCGUACGUCUCGCCCACUCCAGCGAGGACGGUCGCGCUGAGUCAGCGCGACAUGCUGGCGGUGGGGUUCGGGUCGGCGGUGGAGGUGUGGAAGGAGGCGCUGACAGCCAAGCAGCACACGCCGUACCUGAAGCUCAGGAUUCAGUCGAGUGGGGCAAACAGGAACACAAGGAGUGGUGGGGGAGGCGGGGCGGCAGCGACUUUCGCCGGAACCACCGCAGCAGCAGCGGUGGAGAGACUUUCCUUCUGCCCGUACGAGGACGUUUUGGGCGCCGGGCACGCGGAGGGGUUUUCGUCGCUGCUGGUGCCCGGGGCAGGCGAGGCAAACUUUGACUCGUUUGUGGCGAACCCGUUUGAGACGGGGAAGCAGCGGCGCGAGGCAGAGAUCCACAUGCUGCUGGACAAGCUGCCGCCCGAAUCCAUCAUGCGCGACCCCGACCGCAUCGGCACUCUCCUCCGCCCCCACGACCGCCAACGCUCCCUCACCAACGCUCUUGUCUCCAAGGCUAACGCUGCGGCUCGGGCAAAGAGCCUCGGGAAGAGCCCCGGGGAAAAGAAAGGAGGGGGAAAGGAGGGUGGGGAUGGUGCUGGUGGUGGGGGAGGGGGAGGGGGAGGGGAGGAGGGGGAUGAGGAGGAUGAGGAGGAGGGUGAGGAGGGGAAGGAUGGGGCGAAGCGGCCUCGGGAGAAGAACAAGACCAAGGGGCGGAACAAGCCGUCGAAGCGAGCCAAGAAGAGGAAGAUGAACAUCAUUGAGACCAAGAGGGAGGCCACUCGGAGAGACGUGCGUGCCAAGGAGGGCGGAGGAGGGGGAGGGCCGAGUGGAGGAGGGGAGGAAGGGAAGUCUGCAGUGCCGCUUGCUCUGGCUCGAUUCCAACGGAAAGGAGCAACGUAG